UAUUUUCCUGAUGGUAUUCGAAAAGAUCUUAAACCAUUUAUUAUCACUCAACCUGAAGGUCCAUCAUUUCAAAUAGAUGGUUAUCAGAUUUCAUGGCAAAAAUGGCGUAUUAGAGUUGGAUUUAAUGUUCGAGAAGGUCUUACAAUGAAUAUGGUUGAAUAUUUUGAUCAAAAUCGUUAUAGACCUAUCUUUUAUCGAGCAGCUAUCUCUGAAAUGUGGGUUCCAUAUGGUGAUGCUAGUCCUGCACAUAACUUUAAAAAUGCAUUUGAUGUAGGCGAAGUUGGUAUAGGCAUAUUAACAAAUAGUUUAGUACUUGGAUGUGAUUGUUUGGGUGAGAUUCGUUAUUUGGAUGGUAUUGUUAAUAAUAAUCAAGGUCAAGCAUUAUUAUUAAAAAAUGCUAUUUGUAUACAUGAAGAAGAUAUUGGAUUACUUUGGAAACAUACCGAGUUUGUUGAACAACGUGUCCAAUGUCGUCGUUCAAGACGUCUAGUUAUAUCUUCAAUGAUCACAGUGGGUAAUUAUGAAUAUGGUCUAUAUUGGUAUUUUUUUCAAGAUGGUACUAUUCAAUUUGAAGCUAAACUUACUGGAAGUAUUGCACCAGGUGCAUAUGAAAUUGAUAAACCGCCUGUCUCUGGUGGAAUAGUAGCUGAAGGAUUAUAUGGUCCACAUCAUCAACACUUUUUCAAUAUGCGUAUUGACUGGAUGCUUGAUGGAAUGAAAAAUUCACUCGUCGAAGUUAAUUGUGAGCCAAUACCAAAAGGACCACAAAAUCCAGCAGGAAAUGCUUGGAUAGCACAAGAAACAAUCUUAAAAACUGUUAGUGAAGCACGUCGAUUACAUGAUGAUAAAAAAGGUCGUUGUUGGAAAAUUAUUAAUAGUCAAAGUAAAAAUCAUGUUAAUCAACCAGUUGCUUAUAAAAUUAUUCCAUCUGGUCCACCAUGUUAUCCAUUAUGUGAUGAAGAUUCUUGUCAAGGUCGUCGAGGUGUAUUUGCACGUAAUCACAUAUGGGCAACAAAAUAUCAUCCAGAAGAAUUAUAUGCUGCUGGUCUUUUUCCUAAUCAAUCUCCUGGUGAUGAUGGUAUUGUUGCUUAUAGUGAAAAACAUAAAGAUGAAUCGCUAGUUGAUAGUGAUCUUGUUACUUGGUACACAUUUGGUGUUACACAUAUUGUACGACCUGAAGAUUGGCCUAUUAUGCCUAUCGAAACAUGUGGAUUUCGUUUGAAACC